AUGUCCUCUCCAGCGCUGACGUACCCCUCGAGCGGUGAGUUCAACGUGCUCGUGCAGCGCUUCAAGUUGCUCAAUCUCGUACAGCGCGUAGCCCACCGUGACGUGGCCGAGAUGCUGGACACGGUCGGACUGGAGGGGCUUUCACGCAAAGGCACGCUGUCACGGUGGGCUUGGGGUGAACCAACGCUCGACGACGAUGACAGCACUGUGGGGAAGGUGCCUCCUCGAGGAGCCGCGCCAAGGCACCGAUUGGAGGAGAACAGACCCCGCAUCUCGCCCUCUACCCACCGCGUCUCCCUCCCCGUCAGUGGACGUCUAGUUACCCCGCCCCGUAUGCAGUUUGGGCGACCCACCUCCGGCUUCGACGCCCGCAUCGCAGCAGCGCGGUGGAGCAGCGGCAUGGAAAAGGCCAGCAGUGCAACUGACUCGCUGCGUCGUUCGCACCUGUCUACUCGGCAAAACACUGCAGGAGAAGUUGACAGUGCAGCGCCUUCGACGAUGACGCGACGCCCGUACGGUGUCCGGCGCCCACGUCGAAUUCUGCACCGCAGUUCCUCUGAACGCGAGGCGUUCUUUUCUCGGCUCGCGGAGCCACGCCAGCGACCCGGCGCGCUUGUGGAGGAGGUUUUGCUGUACGACGACGAGGCGGUGCCACUGGCGCACAGCCGCCGCGGCGAUGACGAUGCGCAGUUGUGGCGCGACACUACCGGUCAUCAUGUAUCUGAACUCGCAGAGAGGGAUGGACGAGACAGGUAUGACGCCGGUGCCUACGGAAGGCGCUGUGGUUCCACUGUCACCUCUGCUGUACUUGCAGCACCGCAACGGCGCCCGUCCCCCAGCGUGUAUGCCUUCCACCACAAAGGCUCGCGUUCCCGUUCCUACGCACCGCUACAGCCUUCCACCUCCUCUCCGCACAGGCGGGCAGCCGGCCCACGUAAUACGCGCUGUGGGGAAGAAGUCGUCGGUGAACUUCAGGGCUACCAAGCGACACAUCGCGGCCCUACUGGUCGGCUGUAUUCACAGCACGAUGUGCCAGCGGAGGACGACCCACACGACGUCUCCUUUACGGCACCGCCGUCGCGUUACCAGUUGCUUGACGCACCGUCAUCCUCGUCGGAGGAUCCAGCGCGCGUGCGGAGCUUGAGCCCGGCGCUACUCGGAAGCCAAGAUGCCGCCAACACAACGCCUCUCGGAGGCCGCCCGCACGAGAAUCAGCACCUCGCAGAUGCCUCCGUAAACAUCUCGCUCUCAACGCCCCUGAAGACGACGCCCGAUACCGACGUCGCUGCAUCGCCUAUCACCGGCGGCGACACUUCAUCUUUUGCCACAGCGGCCCCCACGGAGGGGCAGCGCCGCCGCCAAGGCAGCGGCGCUGCCGCCGGCAACCACCCUCCAGGUCUACCUGAGAUGCAACUUCCUCCCUACAGCGCUUCCAGUGACGUCUACGAAGUGGAGGACGUCUGCCAGGGGGGCGACAGCGCACGAGGGCAGAUGGUUCGAACAGGCAGUGAAUAUUUGCGUGCCAGUGGACUUAACAGUGAAACCACAUCACUCUCGCAGUUCCCCCAGUCACCACGCUUUGGCCGCGGUCUGGCACCAAAGGCAAAGCCGAAGGGUGCCGUGGAAAGUGCGAGCGUGCCGUUCGAGGCCGUGCGACAGGAGAGUUACCACCUGUCACGCUCCAGCUCUGUCGUGCACAACCCCGACAGCAACAACUGGGACGCUGGCGCACAGAACACCUACACGGCCACGUCCCCAGCGCGGCCGCGUCCCCGCUCCUCUAGCGCGCUUACUCCGCCGACUACAUCAGGCUUCAGCAGCAGCAGGGGCCUGCGGUCCCCAAAGCCAUACACUGUCACAGUAAAGACUAUGGCGGUCGACAAUGUAGGUGGUAGUACUGAGUACAGUCGGCCGAGCGACGCCUCGCCAUUGACAGCGGGCCGAGCAGCCGCAUCUCCGCUGUGGCACUCAUCACUCUAUGACGACGCUGCUGCCGUAGCCACACCGGUGGGUAGCCAGCUCAGUGCCACCGCGAAGAAAUCGUUUGUGGAGCUCUCCGCUGCCAUCGACCACAUGCUGCUCGACCAUCAGCAGUUACUGCGCCAAGUGUACAAGGAGACCCUUGCCCCGGGUCUCGGAGCGGCAGGGCAAGAAGCCGGUUCUGCAGUGGCGUCUCGGUCGUUAGUGAAGGCCAGCAGAGUUCCCGCCAGCGACGCCGCAGAUUCUCACGACUCUUCGUUGGAGGUUCACUCGAAGGGCCACGGUGUUGCAAUCGUGCAGGCAGCCCGCUACACCGGCGGCGAGGACGCCACAAUUGAAGUGGACCUCGACAGCAAUGGCAACACAAGCGAAGUGGAUGCGCUGCUGCAUCCGGCGCGUGGCGAGUUGGAAGAUGAGAUGCUUCUCUACACACAACUGCAGCACCAGCUGACCCAGCUGGACGCGGAUAUCGUCCGCCUUGGGCUGGAGAGCGCCAACGACGAGUCUGCACAGGGAGGCGACGGCGAAAGAGGUGCCGAUGCAGGCGGCGCGUCAGCCCUUCGACAGAGCUCAUUUAUGCCGCACUCUUCGUCGCUCAACAAAGCAGCGGUGGCACAGCCAACGCCUUGCCAGCGUAGCCGCGGAGGGAUGCCGGAGGCGAUCGUGCAGCGGCUCUGUGCAUACCGAAUGGACAACUUUCAGUACAUCGCCUACAACGAGCGUUUAUGGAACACCAGCUGCACCUCACAGUUUGUGUUUGCACAGCGGCUCACAGCUGCGAUAACUGAAGAGUGCUGGGACGAGGUGAUGGCGGAGGUCUGCUCUAUCAUGGACGACUACGUCGACGGUCUGGCCGACCAUGAGCUGCAGUAG